AUGGUGAAGUUUUACCUCUUCAUUCUGAUUCUUACCAUGAAAUUCUCUGGUUGGUUAAACUUUCCAUUGUAUGAGUAUCUCACCCCAACAUUUGAAGAACAACUCCAAUUCCCAUUCUAUGCUGAUCGAAGCUAUGUCUCUAAUCUAGUUAAAUAUAAUUCUGGUAUUGAAAUGAAUUAUGGCGACUUGAUUUUCUAUGAAAGAACAGGGUCGAUCCAGGCAAGAAACGACACGUUAGUUCUAUACGUAGAAGAUAUUGGUGAUGUAGCCGAACUCUCAUCAGAGUUUGCUAAAUAUCUCGGUAUUACGCCUGACAUAGUUAAAAAUUCAGUACCAGAUAACUCACCAAUACGAAUCAGGUCACAAGGCAGAUUCUCGCUAAAUGAUGGCAAACUUACCCUUAUUUCCGAUGGUGUUACAGUUUCAUCAAGUGCCACUAUUUCAGAGAUAUCAGGGACUCCAACAACUCGACAGGAAGCAAUUGAAGACUUUAUUCAAUGGGUGAUUUUUGCAGACUAUCUUUUCGCUGGUAGUAUAAUGAGAGCUCUAAGCGAACAGCAGCAUGUAUUAUUAUUGAAUAAAUCGGUAUUUCAGAUUCCACUUUCUGAAAUAGGAUGA